GGGGCUCUACAGUACAGUCGCUAUCAUAUGAUUGUAUUUUAUUUACAAAAUUGUUUCACAAAUUGAGUGAAACUUUGAGUGAUUUUAAAAUAUUAGUUAAUUUUAUUAUAAGUUAUAGUCAGUUGAUAAUUGAGUCCAAUCUCUAUAUAACUAGACAUACAGUAAAUGAAACAAAUUGUGGUUAAAAUUAAUGUUUUGAAUUGAAGGCAAAACAGAAUUGCAAUUAAUCGGCGAAGAUGUCAGUGGAAGCGCUGGUGAUAGUGAACAGGGAUAACGUGCCUCUACUCGUGAAGAGCCGUCGGCCGCAGUCGGACGCGACCACAAUAUCGGCUCUCUUUCAUCUGCACUCAUGUCUGGACAUAAUCUGCGAGAAGCAGACAAAUCGGGAUCCGUUUAUCGGACUCUUGACGCAAAGCGAAAGCCAUAAGAUUUACGGCUUCUGUUCGACAACUAAUACAAAGAUCCUGUUUAUGGUCAGCCCUCAGGCCAUACGUGACAACGAGGCCAGACUUAUACUCAAGACUGUCCACAACGCGUACGUCGACGUCACCGCUGGACACCCUUUCUAUCACGACUCACAACAAAUCAAAUCCACAUUUGGAUUCAGUAAUCGACGGAAUAUUUGCUAAUUAUUGACACAAUU